GCCAUGCCGUCUAAGCACUUUGGUAGCCAGAACCCAAGUUGUAACAUUAAGAUCUUCCACCCAACCGUGGAAGAAUUUGAAGAUAUCAGCAAAUAUACUGUUUACAUGGAGUCGCAAGGUGCACACCGAGCUGGCCUAGCCAAGGUAAUUCCACCGAAAGGAUGGAAAACCAGCCAGAUUUACGAUGAUAUCGAUGACAUCUUAAUAGCCACUCCCCUCCAUCAGGUGACCACUGGGCAGGCAGGUGUGUUUACUCAGCACCGGAAAAAGAAGAAAGCCAUGACCGAGAGCGAGUAUCACCGCUUAACAAACAGUGAAAAACACCAGACUCCAUUCUACUCUGAUUUUGAGGAUCUGGAGCGAAAAUAUUGGAAAACACGCCCCUAUGGUUCACCAGUAUAUGGUGCGGACGUCAGUGGCUCCUUAUUCCAUAAAAACAGGAAGCAGUGGAACCUUGGCCACCUGGGAACCAUUCAGGACCUGCUGGAACAGGAGUGUGGAGUGGUCAUCGAAGGCGUCAACACCCCCUACCUGUACUUCGGCAUGUGGAAGACCGCCUUCGCCUGGCACACGGAGGACAUGGACCUUUACAACAUCAACUUCCUGCCCCUCGGGGAGCCUAAGACUUGGUACGCGGUGCCCCUGGAGCACGGCCAGCGCCUGGAACGCCUGGCCAGGGAGCUUUUCCCGGGCAGCUCACGGGGCUGUGAGGCCUUCUUACGACACAAGGUGGCUCUCAUCUCACCCACGGUCCUCAAGGACAAUGGCAUCCCCUUUGGUCGGGUCACUCAGGAGGCUGGAGAGUUCAUGGUGACGUUUCCCUAUGGCUACCACUCUGGCUUCAACUGGGCGGAAGCCAUCACUUUCGCCACCCAGCGCUGGAUCGAUUAUGGCAAAGUGACCUGGUAA